AUGAACUCUCAUUCCAAUAUCCCUCCUCCUCUUCCAGAGCAAACCAACGCUCCGGUGCGCAAUCGCGUUACCUGGGUCGACCACGCCCGCCGGUCUGUGCCUCACGAAACCGAGGCUACGCGACGUGGUGACGUCGAACGCAGGGAUGCUCCUGGCGCGAGCGCACACGCACGGUCCGGCCACAAGGACCACUCCAACGGAAGCACCGCGAGCUCUCCCAGAGCCACCCAGGGUGCUCAUCCUGCUCCCUGGGCACUCGGGCCAGCUCAGCCCUCGCCUCUGACCCGCCCUCGCGCCCCCGUGAACGCGAACGAAGCCGCGCGCGCGUAUGACCGGCGCGCGGGUGGGCAGUGGGCCGCAGACGCUCCGACGCCGCCUGACCGGCGUCGGGAGUCGCGGCUGAGGAUACCAGAGCUGCCUGUCCCACCAGCUUCCCUCCCGCUGCCACCACGGUUCCCGGCCGCUGCCCCGCCGUUCCACCCGUCCGCUCCCCAGGCGCCGCACGCUGUCGCGCGACCGGCGCACCCUCUUCACCCGCCGUCCUAUGGACUUCCGCCGUCGCCUUACCACGCUCCGCCAUCGCAUACCGGCACCGGCGGGCCUCCACCGCCAUCUGGUUCCUGGCCCCCCGGGUCCCACCGCCCUGCCUUCCACCCGCCUCCGUCGGGGCCUGUCUAUCCUCCGCUGCCGCGGCGCACCCCUUGA